AUGUCGGCCUCUGGGGUAAAUGUUGGCCUCUGGGAUUAUUGCCUGAAGAGAUGCGAGCCACAGUCUACCAGCCAACGACAACCACAGUCUACCAGCCAACGAGAGCCACAGUCUAACAGCCAACGACAACCACAGUCUAACAGCCAACGACAACCACAGUCUAACAGCCAACGACAACCACAGUCUAACAGCCAACGACAACCACAGUCUACCAGCCAACGAGAGCCACAGUCUAACAGCCAACGACAACCACAGUCUAACAGCCAACGACAACCACAGUCUAACAGCCAACGACAACCACAGUCUAACAGCCAACGACAACCACAGUCUAACAGCCAACGACAACCACAGUACCAGCCAACGAGAGCCACAGCUCCACCAGCCAACGAGAGCCACAGUCUAACAGCCAACGAGAGCCACAGUCUACCAGCCAACGACAACCACAGCUCCACCGCCAACGAGAGCCAUACCAGCCAACGAGAGCCACAGUCUACCAGCCAACGAGAGCCACAACGAGAGCCACAGUCUAACAGCCAACGACAACCACAGUCUAACAGCCAACGACAACCACAGUCUACCAGCCAACGAGAGCACAGUCUACCAGCCAACGAGAGCCACAGUCUAACAGCCAACGAGAGCCACAGUCUACCAGCCAACGACAACCACACAGUCUACCAGCCAACGAGAGCCACAGUUCACCAGCCAAUGAGAGCCAUAGCCCAACAGCCAACGAGAGCCACAGCUCACAGCCAACGAGAGCCACAGUCUACAGCCAACGAGAGCCAUAGUCUACCAGCCAACGACAACCACAGUCUACCAGCCAACGAGAGCCCAGCCAGUCUACCAGCCAACGAGAGCCACAGUCUAACAGCCAACGAGAGCCACAGUCUCACCAGCCAACGACAACCACAGUCUACCAGCCAACGACAACCACAGCCUACCAGCCAACGAGAGCCACAGCUCCACAGCCAACGAGGAGCCACAGUCUACCAGCCAACGAGAGCCAACAGUCUACCAGCCAACGACAACCACAGUCUACCAGCCAACGAGAGCCCUAGUCUACCAGCCAACGAGAGCCACAGCUCCACCAGCCAACGAGAGCCACAGUCUACCAGCCAACGAGAGCCACAGUCACCAGCACGAGAGCCAAGUCUACUAGCCAACGAGAGCCACAGUCUACCAGCCAACGACAACCACAGUCUAACAGCCAACGACAACCACAGUCUAACAGCCAACGACAACCACAGUCUAACAGCCAACGACAACCACAGUCUACCAGCCAACGAGAGCCACAGUAAAAUCACUUAA